AUGCCCUGUUUCAAGGGCAUUGCCGUGAGCAUUCACGCCAACGGAGCGCCCCUACCCGAAUAUGGCAUCCAGAAACAGUCCCGCGUCUCGCGAAUCAACACCUACAUCCCCGUACCUCAGCCCCAGAUCAGCCCCGACUCUGGCAAGCCCGAGGCCGCCAAGUUCGCCAUCUCCAUCACCCUGCUCACCCCGGGUCUGGCGAUACCCUACUCGACACCCAAGGCCACGGAGAACAAUCCCUAUCCGAAGCCGGCCUUUGUCGGCACCAUGCCCACCAGCACGGGCGAGCGCGGAAAGUACCAUGGCGUUGUGGCUCCUUACAUUCCUAUGACGAAUAGUGAGAACGAGACCAUCGCUGCCUACAUUUACUUUGACGGCAGGGCCAAGGAAGAAGUAGCUACUCUAUUGCGCCCCGGCGAGGAAACCUGGGUCAAUAGCAGGUGGGUUCAGGUACCCCCAUCUGAAGGCGGAGGUUUAGCCGAGCGCGAGUUCCUCUUCCGCGAGGUCGGUCUUGAGAGAUGGCUUAACGGCCUGGAUCUCCAAGGCCAUGACGCCGCCGAGAAGCUCGAGCGCCGCAGGCAAAAGUUCGAGAAGCGCCGUAGGAGGCAAAAGGCCAUUUCCGAGGGCAACGCAGCUUCGGGCCGUCUGCAGGGUACCCUUAGGUAUGGAUCCGAAGACAGGCCGGUCGAGGCCGUAGACGAAGAUGCCUCGCUUUCCUCCUCGGAUGACGACGAGCCCCCCGAGGCCACUGGGCAGAUUAAGGUGGCCAUGUUCCGCGUUAUUGCGUCUGGUGAAAUCAAAAAGGGAGAAUACAGUCCCCAGUUUGACGCCCAUGAUGACGAUGACGAGGAAGGCGGCUCCAAGAGCGGCAACAAUGGGAUCGAUGCGGAUGUGGAGCACACCACUAGCUUUGCAAAGCCCAAGACACUUGAUCCGAAAACUAUUAGCACCCAGACAGUGACCGGUAUUGACGGUCCAGAGAAGCCUUAUGCCGUUUUUACCUUUUUCUACCGCGGCGAGCGCCAACUACAGAAGAUGGGCGUCCUAGCCUCCGAGAAGCAGCAAGUUACCAGUCCAACUGCCGCCAAGCGACGAUCCGCACAGCUCGACUUCUCCAGCCUGGGACCUUUAAAGAAGCAAGGUACCGUGGGCUUCUCGACGUUCCGUGAUCGCGAUGCAGAGCCGAGGCCGAAGAAGUCGCGCAAGAACACCAAUGGCAAGGCCGGUGCCAUGGAUGAAGAUAGCGAUGACGAAGAUGACGACGACGAUAUCAGCGACAAGAUGCUUGCUGAUGACGAAGACAAUGUCGACCCUUCCAAGCAGGGUCCAGAGGACGUCAAGUUUACUGGAGAGUUGGCGGAUGGAGUAAAUCGCAUAAAGCUCAAGCGUGCUCACGACGCGGGUCAAAGCAGCACCACUGGUACACAAGCUGGAGGUGCCGCCCCAGAGAACGGAAGCGCGCCAGGAACGACCGCUGGCCUGUCAUCACUAUUCCCCAAGAGCCUAACCGGCGAGGCCGCCGCUGUGGGUAGUCCCAUGAAGAAGGCUCGUGCGAGCGUAGACGACGUGGGCAGUGAUGUGAAGCCACUGGGCGGCAGCUCUUUCGUGCCUUCGGUGCCAUCAGGUCCUAAUGGGAUACUCGCCCAAGCCGCGGAGACGCCUCUACCGCAGACGAUGGGUGGUGAGAUGGACGAGGAGGAGCUAUAG